CAAUGAUAGAACAAAAGAGGAGAUUUGUUAUUGUCUGUGAGAAAGAAAGAGCAUAAAUGCAGUAAGCUUUGCUUAAUAGAAGGGAUUAAGGGAAAGAACAAAUUUUUGGGUUUCUUGGCAACGAAAUAAAACAAAUAUUUAUUGUCUGGUUAAUAGGGUAAAAAUAAAUAAUUGUCCAUUUAUAAUCACGGCGACCCCCAAAGCAGCUUUUUGAGUUCGGCGAGAGAGCAGAGACAGAGAGGGAGGAGAGACUGAAAAAACAUUCUCUGUUCAAGUGUUCGACAAUCCCACGCGCAUUAUAGUGGAUGGUUGUGAUCUGGUAUCUCUAUCUAGGAAGAAAGGAACCUUAAUUGUAAGAUUAUCUGUGACAUUCGAAAUACCAGACCCAAGUGAAGAAGAUGAGCCCCUCUUCAUCGUCAUCUGGGUCUCCUUCGUCGACCAAGUCUUGGAUCGUUCAUGGCAUUGUGGCGGGAGCAGCCAUAUCAGUGGCCAUCGGUGCCGCAGCAUAUCUGGGUCGAUUUAGGAAGUUUAGGAGCCGGGUCGUGGGCAUCAUACCCGCCCGUUUUGCUUCCUCUCGGUUCCAGGGGAAGCCCCUUGUCGAAAUCCUUGGCAAACCCAUGAUCCAGAGAACUUGGGAGAGAAGCAAAUUGGCAACUACAUUAGAUCAUGUUGUGGUGGCAACAGAUGAUGAAAAGAUUGCGGAAUGCUGCAGAGGAUUUGGUGCCGAUGUGGUAAUGACAUCAGAAUCUUGCCGAAAUGGCACGGAGCGAUGCAAUGAAGCACUUCAGAAAUUAGAAAAGAAAUAUGAUAUUGUUGUCAAUAUUCAAGGGGAUGAGCCUCUCAUUGAGCCUGAGAUUAUAGAUGGGGUUGUUAAAGCGCUGCAGGCAGCCCCAGAUGCAGUGUUUAGUACAGCAGUCACUUCUUUGAAACCUGAGGAUGCCUUUGAUCCAAAUCGAGUUAAAUGUGUGGUGGAUAAUCGUGGCUAUGCUAUUUAUUUUUCACGAGGACUGAUUCCAUACAAUAAGUCCGCACAGGUCAAUCCAGAUUUUCCUUAUCUGCUUCAUCUUGGGAUUCAGAGCUAUGAUUCAAAGUUUCUUCGUAUAUAUCCUGAUCUCCAACCUACACCACUACAACUAGAGGAGGAUCUGGAGCAACUUAAAGUCCUGGAGAAUGGUUAUAGGAUGAAGGUGAUAAAAGUUGACCACGAGGCUCAUGGUGUUGAUAUUCCUGAAGAUGUUGAGAAGAUGGAAGCCUUGAUGCGUGAGAGAAACUUGACCUAGUAUGCAGCAUGAAGCUUAGAACUUGAGAAAAGGAUUUUACUGCAUAUAUUCUUACAAGUAGCUUGCUCAUUAACGGAUGUAUGCUGUGUGAUAUGCACUUUCCUAGCCAAAAAAAAGCAAUUAAGGUAACGAUUCACAAAUCCAUUUUCUUUUCAAGUAAAGUUACAAGUCAUACAGUUGCCUCAUACUACACAAAGAAUUCUUAUAGCUAUAUCCCAAUUUGUUGUCUGAUUAGUUUGUUGUUCUUAUAAUCUAUGCAUCAUGUUUUUCAUCUAUUGGUUUCAGAACUGAGUGAACGUUAAAAGUCAGAUUCUUUAAUAAAGUAUCAACUGUUUAGUGUAA